GGUCUCGUUUGCCUCCCAGCUCUGCUAGCCGGGCUUUAGUAGUGCGCUUUCUCGCGGCUGUCAUAAGUACCAAGCUGUUGACUGGGACACCGAUCUCCAAUUCUGUCCUCGAGGCAAUAAAGAUGUGGCGAAGGCCCGAGGUGAGGCCACUGCCACUGCACUUAGUCCUGCGACUCCCCUAAGGACGGGCCGAGGAAUGGCGGACUAGCCACUUCCCAGUCCUGUCCCUACGGGGCAGAAAAAGGCUCGGCAUCCCGGGAUCCGGAGGGUCACUUCCCUCGCUGCAUCCCCAUUGUGCAACUGCCAGUGUAAAAAUUGAUAUAGGUCUACAGUCUUUACUCUGCAAUUCCAAAACAGGACAAAAAACAAAACACUGUGAAACCCAAAGUGUUUUUGUAAGUUUGGCACCAGGAUUAUAUGCCAAAGAAAACCUACUUUGAACAAAUAUGAAGCCUCUAUUGUCUCAGCACUUGUAUCCGUAAGUCACACAUGCCUCUGCUAUUUGCUGAUAUUUUCUGACUUGGGGAUUAAUUCCAUGGAAAAUGUCGAAAAGGGCUAAAGAUAUACCUAUGGGUAACAGUGAGAAGAAGAAAAGGAAGCAUCUGUCUUUAUCAAUAUCUUAGAAAGUGGAGUUAUUGCAGAAACUUGAUGGUGGUAUGUCUGUGAGGUGUCUUACUGAAGAAUAUGGUAUGGGAACCACCACGAUAUAUAACUUAAAGAAACAGACAAGUUGUUGAAAUUUUAUAGUGACAGCGAUAACCAGGAACUAAUGAAAAAUAGAAAAACAUUGCAUAGAGCCAAAAAUGAAGACCUUGACCCUGUGUUGAUUGAAUGGGUUCGACAACAAAGAAGUAAAGAUACACCACUGACUGGUUUGUUGGUCGUGAAACAAGCUAGAAUAUACCAUGAAGAACUGAACUUUGAAGGAGAGUGUGAAUAUUCAGGAGGCUGUCUGCAGAAAUUUAAAAAGUGUCUUGGAAUCAAGUAUCUUCAAAUCUGUGGUGAAAAAGCUUCUCCUGAUGAUGAAGCUACUGAAAAUUACAUUGAUGAAUUUGCUAAGGUAAUAUCUGAUGAAAAUCUUAGCCCUGAACAAAUUUACAGUGCUGAUGAAACAGCUUUGUACUGGUGCUAUGUUCCUAGAAAAACUUUAACAAUGGCUAACAAAAGAGCAACAACAGAUGUCAAAGAUACUAAGCAAAAGUUAACUGUUCUUGAGUGUGCUAAUGCUGCAGGCACACACAAGAUAAAAUUGGCAGUGAUUGGAAAUAGCCUAUAUCCAAGGUGUUUAAAAGGUGUGCAUAAUUUACCUGUACAUUAUUAUGCACACAAGAAAGCAUCAGUAACGGGAAAUCUUUUCCAACUGGUUUGAUAGGCACUUUGUGCCAGCAGCAUGAGCUCAUUGCAAACUGGACUGGAAGACAAUUGCAAAAUUUUGUUGUUUCUAGAUAACUGUUCUGCACAACCCCCUCCUGAACAUCUUGCGAAGAGCAAUGCUUUUGGCAUUGACUUUCCCCCCAGUGUGACGUCUGUAAUACAACCUUGUGACCAAGGAAUUCUACACGCCGUGAAGAGCAAGUAUAAACAGUUUUUUGAAAAGCAUCCUUGCUUCAGUUAACAGAGGCCUGAAAAUCCAGGACAUCCUUAAAGAAUUUAAUCUUAAGGAUGCCAUCUUCACAGUUGCUAAUGCUUGGAACGACGUUGAUAAGUCAACAUUAACAAAUGCUUGGCACAGACUUUGGGCUACAAUUAUGUUUGAAAGUGACCUAGCUGAUGAAGAUUUUGAAAGAUUUCAUGACUCUAAUGAGAAAACAAUGGUAGCAUAAUUCAUUACCUAUGCCAAAAGUUUAUCAACCAAAAGUGUAAAUAAGUUAGAAGAAGCUAACAUUGAAGAAAGGGUUAACAUUGAUAAUGAUGAACCCAUUGUGCAUCCUAAGAGUGAUGGGGAAAUUGCUGAGAUGGUGUUAAAUGCAGAUCAAUAUGAAGAUGGUAGUAGUAAUGAUGAUGACAUGAAUUUGGGUGAAAAAAAUCUCCAUAGAUCAUAUGGUGAAAAUGUGUGACCGAUUAAUUGCUGGCCUUGAACGAUGUACAUUUAUCAGUGAGCAAGAGCUGAUGACAAUUUACUCAAUUAAAGAGAAACUGCUUAGACAGAAACCUGUGUUAAGGAAGCAGGUGAAACUGGGAAAAGUCUUUAAUAAAGCUCUCUGUGGUAAUGCUGCUUCAUCUCUUGACAAUCCUGUUUCUGGCUCAUCAGAUGUCCAGCUCCAACCUGGUUUCAUAGGCAGUGGUAAUACUGGAACAACCUCUUCUCCAAGAUUCUCAGGCAAUCAAAGCAUUCCCAUGGUUUGGCAUGGACAUCGGUGGAACACUGGUUAAAUUGGUGUAUUUCGAGCCGAAGGAUAUUACAGCCGAAGAGGAGCAAGAGGAAGUGGAGAACCUGAAGAGCAUCCGGAAGUAUUUGACUUCUAAUACUGCUUAUGGGAAAACUGGGAUCCGAGACGUCCACCUGGAACUGAAAAACCUGACCAUGUGUGGACGCAAAGGGAACCUGCACUUCAUCCGCUUUCCCAGCUGUGCUAUGCACAGGUUCAUUCAGAUGGGCAGCGAGAAGAACUUCUCUAGCCUUCACACCACCCUCUGUGCCACAGGAGGCGGGGCUUUCAAAUUCGAAGAGGACUUCAGAAUGAUUGCUGACCUGCAGCUGCAUAAACUGGAUGAACUGGACUGUCUGAUUCAGGGCCUGCUUUAUGUCGACUCUGUUGGCUUCAACGGCAAGCCAGAAUGUUACUAUUUUGAAAAUCCCACAAAUCCUGAAUUGUGUCAAAAAAAGCCGUACUGCCUUGAUAACCCAUACCCUAUGUUGCUGGUUAACAUGGGCUCAGGUGUCAGCAUUCUAGCUGUGUACUCCAAGGACAACUAUAAAAGAGUUACAGGGACCAGUCUUGGAGGUGGAACAUUCCUAGGCCUAUGUUGCUUGCUGACUGGUUGUGAGACCUUUGAAGAAGCUCUGGAAAUGGCAGCUAAAGGCGACAGCACCAAUGUUGAUAAACUGGUGAAGGACAUUUACGGAGGAGACUAUGAACGAUUUGGCCUUCAAGGAUCUGCUGUAGCAUCAAGCUUUGGCAACAUGAUGAGUAAAGAAAAGCGAGAUUCCAUCAGCAAGGAAGACCUCGCCCGGGCCACAUUGGUCACCAUCACCAACAACAUUGGCUCCAUUGCUCGGAUGUGUGCGUUGAAUGAGAAUAUAGACAGAGUUGUGUUUGUUGGAAAUUUUCUCAGAAUCAAUAUGGUCUCCAUGAAGCUGCUGGCAUAUGCCAUGGAUUUUUGGUCCAAAGGACAACUAAAAGCUCUGUUUUUGGAACAUGAGGGUUAUUUUGGAGCCGUUGGGGCACUGUUGGAACUGUUCAAAAUGACUGAUGACAAGUAGAGACGAGCAGUGGAGGAAACAGCCUCCCAAAAGGACAGAGAACUAAAAAAUUGCUGCUGGAGAAGGUGAAAGUCGCUUUGGGACGGAAGCCAAGCCAUUAUGGCAGAUGAACCUGCUGGAUUUGUAAAUAAUUUAAAAUCCUUCCAGAUGAUCUUUUAGGUUUUGAGCUAAUGAUUCAAAACGGGGGAAUAUAAAAGGUUUUUUUUCUGUAUACUGUAUUUUUUUAAAAAAAUGGUGCAGCGUGGCCAAACCUACCAAUUGUAUGCAUUAACUUUGAAAAGUUGUUUGAUGUUUAAGAAGGACCUGAUAUGUAAGCGCUGUUCAUUUUUCUUCUGGGGUUUACUGAUCAGUGUGGUGAUUUUAACUUCAUUUAGUAAUUACUCUAGGAGAUUUUACCUUGACUCAUAUUUUUCAUGACGUUUCAUGAUUUGCUGUUGGUUUCAAAUGAAACUACAAAUCUGGCAUGUUUUACUGUGAACACUUUUGUUAUUUGUUUUGUACCCUUUUUUGUCUUGUUUUUCUGUUUUAGUUGUCUUCUGAAAAAAGAGUCGUUCCCUCUGUUUCUGUCCUCAGAUGAUGUCCCUCCCCCUACCUGUAACCUUUCUUUGACAUAAUUGUUCAUAUCAAUGAAGGUGCUGACCAGCUCAAUACAAAGUUAAGCACAAGAUCUAAAGCUCUUGAAAAUGCCCGUGAAGAGAAGACUGAAUGUGUUAAUGAAUUUAAUGAGUCUGGCAAAAGUUGCAAAUUAUAUGCAAGUUUGUCCUAUCGCUUAUAAAUGUAGUGUUUCAUUGGAUUUAUUUUAUGCUAGGUUAUAUUAAGUUGAAAUAGUCUGUGAUUAAAUGUCCUCAUCCAUGCACAGAAUAUGAAUGGCAGCAAAUCUUUGUGCAAGAAAUUUGAAACUUAUUGGGAAAAGCCUCCCAGUAGAUUAAUUGUUCAUAUCAGGAGAUUUAGGGUAAGUCAUGGGUUGAGGUGUCAGAUAGUAAUAUCUAUUUGUUUUGUACAUGUAUAUAUCUAGGAACUUUGUAACAACACAUCUUUAAUAAUGUUAAAGGUUUUUUCAUUUUUAAUAUUUUAAACUAAAAACUGUACUUCAAUCUCAGUUUCUAAAAUUUAAAAUAAUUUAUACUGAUCUAUAUAUUUUUUCUUUUUGAAAGAUUUCAUUAAGACUGAUGGGUAACUUUCAAAUGAGGGUCAUGUACAAAUAUUGGGAUGCAUGAGAUCCCAUGAUCUUGUGUAUUGAGCUUAUUGUUGAAAGGGAUUUUUGAAGGACAGAACAAUUACUCCAUGAUGAAUCUUCCUUUCUCUGCCUUCUGAGCACCGUCUUUAAUUUCCAUAUCUUCAAGUCUUGAAGAAGUUGAUGUUAAUUGAAGAAUUCACUUGUCUGGUUGAAAUAAAGCCUGUUUCUGUUGUGA